GGUGAAGGGAUGACUCCCCCGGGUCAGUCAAGUAGUCAACCGUUGCCAUCGAAGGAACUUGGCCUAUUCAAGAAGAUCAUUAAAUCCUAUGAGCACAAGAAAUAUCGCUUUGGAUUGAAAUACGCUAAAACUAUCCUCAGUAAUCCUAACUUUGCAGAACAUGGAGAAACUCUUGCAAUGAAAGGUCUAAUUCUGAAUUGUAUGGGGAAGCAACAAGAGGCGCAGGAGUGCGUGAAAAAAGGACUUAUG